GAUACUCGAGUCGGAAAGCGCCCUUUGGCAGAACACAACUAAUAUUGAAGGGUCCUUCCCAUUUUGGCUUUAACGGUCCGGGAUCAGGUCCGGUGAUUCUCUUGAGGACUAAGUCACCGACUCGGUACAUUCGGGGUUUGACUUUGGCUUUGAUAUAUCUUUCACUUUGCCGUUUAUAUGCAGUAUUUCUUAUCUCGGCAUGGACUCGAAUUUCUUCUAUUAAGUCAAGAUUUGCUUUAAGGUUUUCCAAGUUGGUAUCUUCGGCAAAAUGUGUUACAUGGUACGUCGGAGAUCCGACUUCAACAGGCACCAUUGCUUCUGUUCCAUAUAUAAGUAAGAAAGGAGGUGUGAGGUCAAGAAUCUCCUGGAUUUUCGCUGGACUGGCUUCUAUGCCUCUCUGGGUCACCACAUACCCUAAGAGUUUGCCAGAACUGAUUCCAAACAUGCAUUUUUUCGAAUUUUACACCAUAGAGUAUUCUUUAAAGAUAUUAAACAUGUCCUGCAGAUGUUCUAUAUGGUCGGUGGCGUGGAUAGAUUUCACUAACAUAUCAUCAACGUAUACUUCCAUAGUAUUGCCAAUGAGUGCGACAAACAUCUUGUUAACCAGCCUUUGCGUGGUGCAGUGGUGUCCGACGUGGUUUUCUCCAAGCGAGGUCGGGGGAUCGAAUCCUACUCCUUGCGAAAAUAGGAGAUAUAUUUUUUUUAUUACCAGAUUAGGAGGAAGAAACGCGCGGGCCGUGCGGCCCGCGUCCAGGCCCGCACCUCACACAGUCCCAGCCCGCGCGCCCGAAGACAGCUCGCGAACGGCCGGACCAAGCCCGCGUGAGCCCAGCUUUCUUAGCCCGUGCCCAGCGGCCCAACAGCGACGAGAUUUCGGCCCAGGUUCUUCCAGCGUGGCCCAGGUGGAGUCCACUCGCUCUAGGCAGCCCAGAUCGCGCCCAACUCGGUCCAGGCGGUCCAUGCAGCUCCAGAUCGGCCCAGCAGCGUGGCAGCAUGGUUCAACCCGGUUCAGGUGGAUCCAGCAGCUCCGGUUCGUGUCCAAGGCGGUUCCUGAGUGGGCCGAGGAGUCCGAUUCACUUACCGAAGGUCCGAGACGAUCCGAUGAGCUUGAUGAACGACCGGAGCACCAUGGUGACUCGAUUAGAAUCGAGAAAGGUCAA